AUGUCUCAAACAAAUGUUGCUUACAAAUAUGAUUCAGAUGCAAUUUCUCUUGGUGAAUUACCAUCAGACAAGCAAUAUACAUUAUCACCGGGAACCUUACCAGUACGUAUACGACGACUAAGUAUUCACAUACCACAUGGCCUACAUCAUAAUUCACAUAAUGUACUAUCUGUAGAGAUUGAUAAUAAUCAUCCAUAUGAUAAUUCAUUAGAACAACAAGUACCGAAUAAAGAAGAAAAACAGGAAAAUCCAUUUAAUGAUGAUAAUGAUGACUCAUAUUAUUCAUUGAAAAAUUUUCGUGAGAGACGUCGAGGUGAACGUGAUGAAGAUUCUGGUUUAUCACGACGCAUCAAACGAUUUUAUAAAGAUCAAGAUGAACUUAUUGA